AUGACGAACAACGACGAAAUCGUGCCAGACCUCGUCCUCCCUGAAGACUACGACCUCGGCUUCCAUGAGUUCGAUGAGAUCGGACGCUUGCUCCAGGAAGACUACGAGCGCGACCCUUGGGGCAUCUCCAUGCGCUGGAUGUUUGAAGAUGCUAUCAAAGAGCGUAGUGUCGCGAAAGUCGAGGAUCUGUUCGCGCAUCUUCAGAUUGCGGAUGGACCGAAAGCUGUCGAGGAGCUGGCGCAGCGUGUUGGCGCCGAUAAGAACGAGGUCGAGGCGCUGACGGAGAUGAUGGGCCGUUCGAGUCUUGGGAAGGAGAAGGCAGAUUCGACGAUUUCCUCGGAGUCGACUAAUGCUUCCAAAGGCUCGUCCGAAACUAUAGCUGCUUCAACGACUGAUGGCGCCCAGCAGAUGCCUAACUCUGACACCAGCGACCAGGCCAGCACCCACCUCACCGACGAGGACUUGAACAUAUAG